AUGCGGAGACAAUGGAAACCUCUAACCGCGGCCUACGCAUGUGCUGUCAUAGUCGCUGCGGCAAUAGUACAACAAACUCUAGCCUUCCGUCAAACUUCCACCACAGAACCACUCGUAAGUUACUCCAGGAAUUCCCUGUCAAAUUCCUGGAGUAACGGAGCCAUAUACGCGGCAAACAGUUUAGGCGAAGCUCAUGCCGAUGAUAUAAAUGAAGCUUCCGCAAGCAAGAAUGAGGGGAAUGAGCAAAACACAAUGGCGGAAGCCCCGCAAUAUCAUAUACAAGACCUAGAACUAUGUGAGGAAAUAAGCGAUAGCUUUAUGAAAUAUGCGCUCAGUAUCAUACUGGGAAGAGCACUACCCGACGCUAGAGACGGACUCAAAAUAGUACAUAGACGGAUACUCUGGGCAAUGCAGGAUCUAAAACUAGGAGCUACAACGCCAUAUAGAAAAUGCGCUAAAGUUGUUGGAGAUGUAUUAGGAAAGUAUCACCCACAUUCCGAUAAAUCAGUAUAUGACGCACUAUGCAGAUUAGCACAAAGGUUCAUGAUGAGAGUACCACUAGUAGAUGGACAUGGAAACUUUGGAUCAACAGACGAUCCACCAGCUGCAAUGAGGUAUACGGAAUGUAGAUUAAGCCAUUUUAGUGAAAAAAUGCUACUCAACGAUAUACAAAAGGAUACUGUAAAUAUGCUACCAAACUUCGACUCAACAGAAAUUGAACCGACAGUAUUACCAGCAAAAGUACCAGCAUUACUGAUUAACGGAUCCUCAGGCAUAGCUGUAGGUCUAGCAACCAAUAUACCGCCGCAUAACCCUAAUGAAAUCAUUGAAGCAGCAAUACUCAUGGCUAAAAGACAUGGAGAUGUCGAUCCAGAAGAACUGUUAUAUAUAGUUAAGGGUCCUGAUUUCCCUACGGGAGGACAUAUCACUACAACUAUGGAAAAUAUGAGAAAGAUAUACAACACAGGUAAAGGAAGUAUCAUGCUACAAGCAAGGUUCACAUUUGAAGAAAGAAUCAAACCAAGAAAUUCUAAAAAAGAUACAGAUACUGUAGUCAACACUUACAAUAAACCUUCAGAAUUAACUUUCUCAGCUGGAAGCCGAGCAUCGAUCAUUGUCACAGAGUUGCCAUAUAACGUUAGAUUAAGGGAUGUCAUGAUAUCCAUAUCAAAGGCCGUAGAAACAGGAGGGAUACGUGGAAUAGCUGAUCUGCGUGAUGAAUCAGACAGAAGUGGAUUAAGACUAGUUAUCGACCUAAAGAAACAGAUAACUACACAUAUCGAACUUGAAGAAAUUAUGAACAAACUAAUACGAAUGGGUGGACUUUGCUCAUACUUUAAAUGUAAUUUCAUCGCUCUAGACAGCAGCGGAACCAAACCUGUCAGAUUGACAUUGUAUAAAGCUCUCAAAAUAUGGCUAGAUUUCAGAGUGGAGACUCUGAAAAAAAGGACGAAAUAUCUACUCAAACAUGCAAAAGAAAGAAUUAAUAUAGUCAAAGGGUUCAUCAUCGCGGCACAAAAUAUAGACAAUAUUGUGCAAAUGGUUCGUAAUUCAUCAUCGCCAGCCGAUGCACGCAAAUUAUUAUCGGAAAAAAAAUAUGGUGCGUUGAACGACGAUCAAGCAGCGGUUGUGUUGCGGAUGACGCUAUCACAAUUAUCAAAAUUAGAACGAGAAAAAUUUGAAGUCGAAGAAAAGGAACUUAUACAGACUAUUAAUACUUACAACAGUCUACUGGAUGAUGAAAAGAACAUAUAUUCACUCAUACGCAAGGAACUCGAGGAAAUAAAACAACAACCGAAAAAACACUAUAACACAAAACGACGUUAUACAACAUUAACGGUAGCAGGACGACCUAAAAGGCUAGCAGAAGUUGAUGUCAAUACUGACGUAAGCACUGAUAUAGACACUGACGACACCGCGAGUGAUCUGGAUGACCAAGACUUUGGAAAAAUGACAAUGCAACCAGUAAAAGAUAACCACGAAAUGCAGGAAUUAAAUGAAAAUAACGAUGACAAUGUAGACAAAAAGUACGAUGACCCUACCCUUAUUGUAAUAAACAACCAAGGAUGGAUGCAACGAGUCAAACUGGAUAGUAAUUUUUUCACAAGCCAAAGAGCACGUUCGAUAUAUACACAUCGAGUCUACCAGCCACAAGAAAGCCAGCAUUCCAUAAAUACAGAGCAGCAAGCAGAUGAUGAUAAAAAAGAUGAUGAACCGACGAGUGUCACGAUACAUCAUAGUCUAUGCAGGCCGGAUGGAACAGCCCUUGUUAUAAUGAAUGACGGAAUCUGCAUAGUGUUGCCAGUGGAAAAGUUACGAAUCUGCAGCCGCGGUUACAGCCUGUGGAAAAUCCUGAAGAGCAAACAACAGGAUAACAUUGCUCAGUUCAUGGUUACUAAUAAAAUACGACUAGAUAGUAAACCUGGUGAACUCAAUGAACGAAACAACACAGCUUCCAUUGAACAUAAUGAAAAGUAUUUGGUUGUUGGUUUCGAUGAUGGCGAUGUGAGCAUAAUCUCUGCAAGCUGCCUUUUAACGGCCAGGGUUAACAAAGUAGGUUACACUAAGCUGAGGUUAUGGAAAAAUAGAAUCGAAAAUGUUGUAUUUGCUACAAUCGCUACCGCCAACGAUGAUAUAUUAGUAGGCACGGCGCAGGGAUACUCGUUAAGGGUAAAUAUGAAUGAGCUCAUCACCGGCUUCGACAAACGGAUCAGAACGAGUCGAAAAUUAAUCAGACUAAGAGAUGGAGACAAUGUCAGCUGUGGAGUAUUACUGGAAGGCCCUUUCCAAAGACCAGAGGGAGGAAAGACGCAGGGCGCGACACAAACGGGGGAUUCAAUAGACGAACAAAGCCUCAAAGAGGUAGUGAACCGCCCUGAAAAACAUGUAAUGUUGUUAUCCCAAGGCGGUAAAGCUAAGCUACUGCCAAGUAGUGAAAUUACCUUGCGACGUCAUGGAGGAUAUGGUUAUGACAUCACGCGACAAGCAGGAUCAGGGUUGGACAAAUUAGCAGCGGCCAUAGUUGUAAAUGAAGGUGAUAAUGUACUUAUGGUCAGCGAGAAGGGGCUGUUGGCAAGAAAGGACCCAUAUGUUAUACAUCCCGGAAGACGUCAUUAUAAAAUGAGGAACUUCUGGCCGAGGAUGAACGAUGAUGAUGUACUGAAGUAUGCUAUGAAUAUAUAG